CAAAUAAUUUGCCUCCAACAUGGCUAAAGAUAAAGUCGUGCUUGCAUAUUCCGGCGGAUUGGAUACCAGCUGCAUAUUGAAAUGGCUCAUCAACAAAAAUUACGAUGUGAUCUGUUACAUGGCGAAUAUCGGACAAGAUGAAGACUUCGAACAAGCCAGAACCAAAGCACUCAAGAUCGGAGCUUCAAAGGUGGUGAUUGAUGACUUGAGGGAAGAGUUCGUGAAGGGAUACGUGUGGCCUGCAAUACAAGCCGGACUAUUAUACGAAUCUAGAUAUUUACUGGGUACUUCCUUGGCCAGACCAUGCAUUUCAGUUGGUUUGGUGAGAUGCGUGAAAGAGAACAACGCCCAGUUCAUUUCUCACGGAGCCACCGGAAAGGGCAACGACCAAGUGCGCUUUGAACUCUCCUGUUAUUCUUUGUGUCCCGAAGUUAAAAUUAUUGCGCCAUGGAGGAUGGAAGAAUUCACAAGUAAAUUCCAGGGAAGAAGUGAUUUGUUAAAGUACGCUUCGGAGAACGGUAUUCCCGUUUCGGUUACUCCGAAGGCACCGUGGAGUAUGGAUGCCAAUCUGAUGCAUAUUAGUUACGAGUCUGGAAUUCUUGAAGACCCGAACAAUGAGCCGCCAGCCGACUUGUUCUUGAUGACCGUUGAUCCGAAGAAAAGUCCCAACACUCCGUACAAAUUGACAAUUACGUUUGAGAACGGAAUUCCAGUUUUACUAAAAGCUCAGGAUAACACUGAAUACAAAGGUGCUUUGGAUAUUUUCCUGUUUUUAAAUAAAAUUGGAGGACAAUAUGGGGUUGGUAGAAUCGAUAUUGUGGAGAACAGAUUCAUAGGAUUAAAAUCUAGAGGAGUUUAUGAAACACCAGCUGGAUAUAUUUUGCAUACUUCCCACACUGAUUUGGAGGUUUAUGCCCUAGACAAAGAAGUUUAUCGGAUUAAACAAUUAUUAAGAGACCGUUUGUCAGAUUAUGUGUACAAUGGAUUUUGGUUUUCUCCUGAAGGAGUAUACACUAGGAAAUGUAUAGAAUUAGCUGAGGAAAACGUAUCUGGCACUGUUAAACUAGAAAUAUUCAAAGGAAAUGUGACUAUCUUGGGGAGAUCUUCUAAAGUCUCCUUGUACAAUCAAGAUUUGGUUUCAAUGGACAUUCAAUCUGAUUUUACUCCAAGUGAUGCAACAGGUUUCAUAAAUAUUCAAGCAAUUAGACUGAAGGAAUAUAACAGAUUUCUUAAUCAAAAGGGAAAUUUAUAAUAUAUUAAAUUUAUUAUAAAAUAAAAAUAAAAAUAUAUUCAAAAAAUAAAUUUGUAUUAAUAAAUA